AUGAGCAGGCACACCACAGAACCACAUUUACCAGUAACUUUAGAUGUGAUUAAUGAAUUGAGGAAUUUAGAUAAACCAUUACUUUACAUUCCUGGGAACCAUGAUCCAGACACUUCUUUUACUCAAUCAAAGGAUCAAGAUAAUGGUGGUAAUAAUGAUGAUAAGAAAUGUAAGAAUAUGCAUAAUCAAACAAUGCAAUUGGAACCGGGGUUAAGUAUAGUUGGGUUUGGUGGCUCCACAAAUGGUGUUUUGAAGAAUUCGCCUGGUACCGUUGUCUGGCCUGCUUAUCCAAAGGAUUCGGAAUCACUUUUUACAAAAAAUUUACCAAAUCUAUUGAAUAAAGUAAAAGAUGAUGAUAUUAUUCUUGUAACUCAUGUGGGUCCUGCUGAUGUUGGAACUACAAAUGUUGAUAAAUUUCCAUUGCAAUCUUCUUUGGCAAUAAGUUCAGGAAGUUUGGCACUACACGAUUUCAUAAUGUCAUCUUCACCAAGUUCUGAAACAAAUUCAUCAUCAUUCAAACAUGAUAUUAGAAUUAUUAAUAAUAUCCAUGGUCAUUCACAUUGGUCAUUCGGUCUUUCACAUAUUGGUCAGACUGCAAUUAUAAAUCCAGGUGCUUUUGAGGAUGGAAGAUUUGCUAUUUUAUCUAUGGUAAAGUUAAGAAAAGAUGAAUUGAUAGCUCGUGAUAUCGAAAGGAAGGUUUAUUAUGAGAGUUCAGCGAAAAAUCAGUUUUGGGUUAUUGCUGGUUUAGAAAUGCUUGUACUUUUAUGA